AUGACCAGGUUCGGGCUCGAGCCCCUGACGGCCGCCGACUGGGCAAAGUGGCGCGCCUUCCGCACCCGCCACCGCUCGCGGCCCGAAUGGCAGCUCCUCGACCACGUCCAGGCCGAGAUCCGCCGCCUCGAGCGCGCCACCCCGGACCUGGGCCUGGCGGACCUCGACCCGGCCGUCGUGGGCAGGUACUACGGCCGCGGCGCCACCGACCCGCUCGUCGUCGCGGCCCGCGCCAACGUGCGCCGCCGCUGGAGGGAGGACCUGCGCAUCUGGCGGCCCGCGUUCGAGGCACUCAUGCGCGGCGUGGCCAAGGACGUUGGCGGGUGGUACCACGAGCAGAGCGACGUCGAGGAGGGCCUCCUGCAGGCCGGCGCAUUCCCGAAAUCCGCGGAGCGGGUGUGCAGGAGGGCGAGGAGCAGGCCGGACGCCAUGUUCCGGGCCGAGGUGAUGACGGCGCAAGCGGCGUUCGAGGCGAAAUUAGCGGAGGAGGAACGCCAUGAAGAGGGCGGUAUGAUCAGUGGGAUCAGGACACAGGUUGGUGGGGUUUCGGACGUGGGGUCGUGGGCGUACUGGAAGGUGAGGCGCCAGUGGGAGCACAGGGGCAUCUGGUACCAUGCCUGGCACGUUCUCCCCGGGAACGCGUGGGCCCACGAGCUGCCGGUCGAGAGAUGGUACGCAAGCAACGGCUUCCGGCACCCGAGGGAGAUGAAGCGGCACAGGAGAGCGACACGUAGUAGAGGAGGCGUGGCGAAGGGGACGACAGCACGAUACCGCAAUGCGGGCAAGAAGCGGCGGGGUGUCCGCUGGGCAGACUACCUGGGAAAUAUCGGCCUGCGAGAGUCCGAUUCCUCGCAUGGGGACGAAGCGCAAGGGCUCGACGUUGGCGUCAAUCCGGCUUGGCUGUCCAAGGCGGAGGAUAAGGAGUGGCAAUUCGACGGCCUGCCUGCCCGGAUCCAGCACCGGCAGGAGAACUUGACCUUCAGGGCUGUCAGGGACGGGACGCUGCAGCGGGGGCUGUUCUUCGGGGCGCCGACGCCGACGCUGGAAGAGCGCCCCAGCGCGGCUAUACGUGGAGAAAUAGUCAAGGAUCAAGUUGGAGGAAUCUAG